AUGUCUUCAAAAAAGCGGAAGGCCGAUCAAGACGGCGACGAGAUGUCGGUCUCGCCGCUGGUGUCUCCGGCCAUCGGCUCCCGCCAGCUCUCCCGCCCAUCCAAAAAAGUCCGACCGACCGAGGUCACAGGCCGACCGCUUUCUCUCCCGCGUCUCCUCGAGACCCUCGACACCUCUCAGCUCCGCAUCGUCCUGCAGACCAUCUGCGAGCGCCAUCCCGACCUUGGCCAGGAGAUCGUCAACGGCGCUCCUCGCCCGACCGUCGCCUCUGCCCUCCACGUCCUGGAAGAUUAUCAAGAGAAACUGCGUGCCGCUGUACCCUACGGCCAAUCCAGCUCAGACUACACCUACUACCGAGUCAAGCAGCCCUUGAUCGCCCUCGUCGACGCCAUCUCCGAUUUCACGCCUCAAUAUCUUCCUCCGACCGAAACCCAGACCAGCACUUCAUUACAGUACCUCGACGGUGCCACAAAGAUCAUCCACAUCCUCCCCGACUGGGACAGCCCUUCAUAUCGGCAGCACAAGGAAAACGCUUACGAUGAGAUCUCGAGGGCCUGGGCUCUGGUGAUCCAGGAGGCAGCCAAACGCGGCGGUGGCUUCGUCCUGCAUACGGGUGGAUGGGACCAGACGCUCGCAAAACACAACCAGCAGGCCGGCGGUCGGUUAGAAGCUGCGAUCCGGGCCAUGGCCGACCUUGGUUGGACUGGCCCCAGCGUCGGUGUUCCCCAGACCCAGAGCAGCGCUUCAGAUCAGAACUCGAUCCGCAACCAGCUGCUCAACGGCACCUAUGGCUCCCCGGUUCGCGUUGGACCCUGGUGA